AAACAAUUGAGGAUCACCCAGGUCACUAAUUAGCUGUGACCCUUAAACUCUAAACACAGCACCACCAAAAGACGUAUUACACUUUUAGCCAAAAGAACGAAAAUUAAACCCCUCAAAAAACCCCCUGAAAUAUCUAAAACUGCAACAAUUUCUAUGACAUGCACAAUAUGCCCUGAUUUUCAACAAUUUUUGGGGGGCAUUGCCGCAUCUCAAUGCCUAAUCGAAUAAUCACCCAAAAACUUUAAAACCCAUCUAAAUUCAUCCCUCUUUCUCUCAAUUUCUCUCUCUUUUCGAUCAAUUGCAGUUUUUUUCUUUAGCUUUUGGAAAAUGUUGAGAUUAUGGAGAUGGUAUCAGAAUUGCUUGACAGUACACCCAGUAAAGACUCAAAUGAUAAGUUCUGGAUUACUUUGGGGAGUUGGGGAUAUUGCUGCUCAAACCAUUACCUUUUCCAUGGCCAAAAAACCCCUCCAAAUUUCUGAAAAGGACAAGAAAUUGAAGAUCAAUUGGAAAAGGGUUGCUGCAACAAGUUUGUUUGGCUUUGGUUUUAUUGGACCAGUGGGUCAUUUCUGGUAUGAAGGUCUAGACCGUUUCCUGAAGGUGCGAAUGAGAAUGCAACAAAAUUCCUUUCGUUUUGUUGCCUCUAAAGUUGCGCUUGACGGGAUCAUCUUUGGGCCUGUGGAUUUACUAGUUUUCUUUACAUACAUGGGUUUUACUAAUGGAAAGAGCGUUCCUCAAAUUAAAGAAGAUGUGAAGAGAGAUUUUAUCCCAGCCUUGGCUCUGGAAGGUGGUAUAUGGCCAAUCCUUCAGGUUGCUAACUUUCGAUAUGUACCUGUGAGGUACCAACUUCUGUAUGUCAACGUCUUCUGCUUAAUAGAUAGCUGUUUUCUGUCCUGGAUCGAACAACAAGAAGACGCAGCAUGGAAACAUUGGUUUAAACAAUUUCUUCAUCUUGAGGGGCAAAAGGACAAAGGUGGAUGAUUGAGGUUGUUAUGUUGCUUCUUUGAUCCUGAAUUUACAUGCUGAAGCAUAGAUUGAAGAGUUUUUUUUCAAGAAUCAUGCAAUGCCCAUACAUGGUUUUUUUUGGUAACUACUGUUGAAGUCGUCCAUUCAAAUCCAAUCAUUGCAUUGGUCUCUUUAUACAAAAGAAACCAAAAUUAUGCUCGAUUUUUUUCCCAGUAAAAACAUUUUAGGUUCAUAUUCUGGUGAUAUGUUAAAGCUUUCCUUGCUUGCUGGCAUGGAAUUCUUCUAAUUGUAAGAUUGAAUUCUUGAAAGAGCAAAAAAUGCUGAACAUGUAGGUGAAGCAUGUGCCUUUUAAUGUUUUGAAGUGGAAAUGUGAAAAUGUCAAAUGAUUUUAUCAA